GUUUUGUCAUGGGAGAGAAUAUGGUGGCAACACCUAUUUUGUUGUUAGAGUUACAACACUAGUGUCCAACCAAUAUGAAUCUAGGAUUGUGAUUAAUUUUUAUUAGUUGAGUUGACCUAGUGUAAAAACAAUGAAUAUGUAUAAUAGUCAUUGUGAAAAUUAUGUCAUAAGGCCAUCAAGACCAAACCCACAACACCACAUGAAGGUCUAAUUACACGUUUUCAAGCUAAGAGGUUAAGAGACGGGUUUGCUAAUUAUUUGGUUCGUCAAUUUGAGCAUAUGGUUGUGGAUAAGCACAUUAGAAACUUCUAACUGGCCCGAUUAAAUUAAAUAACCCAAUUGGGUAGACCAACUGCCGCCCUAACCAAUUUCCAGUCUCCCUAACCAAUUACACGAUCCCUCUCUCGUCUUGGAGGGAUGCCCCUUCACAGUUCCAAGAGAAGCUCCCCAUCCAAUUUGAACUCCCCAACUUAAUCAUCUUUUUGAAUCCCAAUUACUUGCAUCCACAUUCGACGUUGAUUGAAUUCCCAAUUUAUUUUGUCUAGUUUGUUCUUCGCCCUUUUAUUUCCCCUCGCCUAUCUCUUUCUAACACGAUUACGGCGACCAUGUCUAUUAUUGUGUUCAUCAAACUUUUCAUUUGCAAAAGAACCCUUGAAAGAGGUUUGCUAACCCUAGGGUUCAUGUCGCUAGUGCUUUGUCAUCUUGUCUUAGCGUUAUUGUCAUUUUCUCGAAACUUCUAUCACUCGGUGAAAUUAAGGUUUCCUUAUAUGUCGUGUUCGUCUCGCCCAGAGGAUUGAGGAAGGAGAUGAAGAAGACAGAAUUUGAUUCGAAUCGGAUGGAGAGGUCUCCUUAAUUUGUGUUUAUGUAUUAACGGUGUAUUUAGGACUAAUUCUAGUUGGACUGGGUCUGAUCAUUGAUUUUUGCAGGCAUUUAAAUAACAUUCAAACAUGGGCUUGUACAUGAUCCAUGUCUAUUAUUGUGUUCAUCAAACUUUUCAUUUGCAAAAGAACCCUUGAAAGAGGUUUGCUAACCCUAGGGUUCAUGUCGCUAGUGCUUUGUCAUCUUGUCUUAGCGUUAUUGUCAUUUUCUCAAAACUUCUAUCACUCGGUGAAAUUAAGGUUUCCUUAUAUGUAGUGUUCGUCUCGCCCAGAGGAUUGAGGAAGGAGAUGAAGAAGACAGAAUUUGAUUCGAAUCAGAUGGAGAGGUCUCCUUAAUUUGUGUUUAUGUAUUAACGGUGCAUUUAGGACUAAUUCUAGUUGGACUGGGUCUGAUAAUUGAUUUUUGCAGGCUUUUAAAUAACAUUCAAACGUGGGCUUGUACAUGAUCCAUGCAAUAUUCAAAAGUGGGCCUGGAACGUGCGAGCCCAUUCCAUUUCUCCUGCCGUAUCAAUUCGUGCGCCAACCCUAGUUUAACUAGCUUUACUUACCCUAGUUUAACCUAUACGAGUUACCAUCAUCAUUACAUAUCUUCCGAAAUCUUCUAACUCUUGACAUUCCAGACUCAACCGUCACCAUCACACUCACGUCUCCAGACUCAACCCCCACGAUCACUUUUUCUUACACCUACAUUCUCUAUUUCCUCCAUCUUCACCUUCCCUUGUUCCUUCUUCCUCCAUACUCCAUGGCAAACAAAGGUAAAUCGUUUGCGGAAAUGGGGAUACUAUCUCUAUCAAAUGAAGACUGUCGAUCCACCGCAAAUCUCGGUGAUUAUCUUUCAUAUACAAGCAAAACAACAAUUGUGGCCGAGUACGAGUUCAUCCACCUAAGUCCUUUCCCUCAAGAAGUGAAGAAGUUAAUAAAAAAUCUUGGCUGGGAAAAGUUCUUUGAUCUCCGGAGUCGAGGAAGCACCAGUUACUGCCCCUAUGUAGUGAGGAUGUUCUACCACAAUUCAGAGCUUUCUGGUCUCUGUGAUUCUCAUCUCGUGUCGAUCUUCCUGGGACAUAGAGUCUGCUUCCAGCCUUAUCAGUUUGCUAAGAUCCUCGAUCUCCCCGCCGGAGGACACCCCAUUGAGAGCAAAAGCGAUCUUGGGAGGCUGUACGAUUUUGAGUUUGAAGUUGAACUGGCGAAACUCACGAAGGGGCGCAUCCAGGCUUCUUUCCUCCCAGAUCCUCUUCGAUUCCUCCACUGGUUGAUCGUCAACUGCUUCCUGCCAAGGUAUCGUGGUCAUUCGAUUAUUCGUAAACUUGACUUGUUUAUCCUUGUGCAAGCUCAAAGAGGUGUUCCUAUUAACCUUGCUUCUCUCAUGUGCCUGAACAUGGUUGAGGCUGCUCCUAGAGGGGAAAACUGGUACACUGCCUUUCCAUAUGCCACCUUCUUGACCACCUUUCUUGAAAGGGUUGGGAUUGAUAUUGGGGUUUAUGUUAAGGAGGACCAGUGCGCUUAUUUGCAGGUGUACCGUAUAGCCGAUUGACCAAUACUUUUAUUGACCUUCGGCAUACGGAGCAUCAAGAGACCCCUGAGGCCUCCUCAAGCAAACGUCCUCGGCUUACAUGAGAGUCGAUUGAUGCAGGGCGGGGUGGAGCAUUGGAGUAGCAAAGGGGCCAGCAAUAGAUGUCUUUUGUUAACAAGUUUCCUAAGUCUUUGUUGGUUUUUUUUUCAGUCUUUUGUCUUUUCCUUAAUUCUCCAGCACUCAAAACUUUUAGGUACUGAGGGGAGCCAGUACAUCAUCUGACUAGGAAAGUCUCCCAUUUUUUGAAUUGUCCAGACCAAUAUUUUUCUAUGCAUGUAGUAUUUUGUGAAUUUGCCAUGGCUAAGUUCCCUAAGACAGGUGACGAGAUGCAGUAAUGGUCAUCUCCAAUGGUGCAAUUUUUGUGACUUGCAAGAUGAUGUGGCAAGGAGGUGCAAUUGCAUCUCUAAAUUGCUAUGAUGUGAGAAGCUAUUGCAAGGGUGCAAAUUUGCUUGCAAUUGAAAUUGGCCCACGAGUGGGGACUAUUGAUGAAAUUGCAAUGUUUUCUCAAAAUUAUAGAAGUGGAAGUAGGGACUACCUAUGAAAUUGCAAAUGAAUUUCAUUGGGGGGGGGGGGGAUUUAAUCUGCUUUUGUUCUAAGUAGUUCCAAUUAGGUCAAAGAAUGUGUUACUUAUUUCAUCUUCAUUUUUAAUGGUUUUCAAAAAUUAUGGUUUUAUUUAUAUUUGGUCACAAGUAUAGUGACGAUGAUAGGCGUGAAUAGUAUGGAUAUGGCUUGAUUAUAAUGAUUUUUGAUCUAUGGUGAUUUUUUUCCCUUUUUCAUCAAGACUCAUGCUUCUUUUAUUCCCCCGGUGAAUCUAUCAUGCUUCGUUUAUAGUAAAAUACCCUUUUAAUUAUACACAAUAAAGAAUCCAUUAAUUAUGUAUGCCUUUUUAUUGUAUUUAUUAAUACAAUGAAUUCUCUCACUAAAAGGGGAGUGAAAACAUCGUUGGUGGAAAUUCAAGGAAUGAAAGCCUUUCCAUAUCCUAGGAACAUUAAAUUAAUUACAUAAGAAUUUUUUAUCUGCCUUGUACGGGGUUUGGUCAUUAAUUAUGCUGAUUGGGAGCCAAUCUUUUACCUUUUGGGUUAACUAUACAUGAAUGCAAAUUUAAUUAGACGAGGGCAAUUGGGAACGAAGUGGAAUGAUAUGAUCGCAAUUAAACCUCUCUACAAGAUACAAUGGCUUGAACAGAAGCAACCUCACUCACAAGUUGGAAGCUGGAAUUUUGGUCAAGUCCCUUUGCCAUUUCCACGAAAAAACAAACCAAACCAAUUAACCCAACCAAACCAAACCAAAAAACAAAUAUAGAAAGCAUUCACCAAACCAAAAACCAAAUAUAGAAAGCAUUCACCAAACCAAACCAAAUACGGUUGUCCAUCAUCUUGGAAAAUAAACAUAACAGUUGUCCAUCAUCUUGAAAAAAAAACGCAAAAUCAGGUUGUCCUUGGACUCUUUGACUGGGUUUCCUUGUUCUCUUCUCUUUCCUUUUUCCUCCUUUCAUGGGCUUUCUUGUACUCUUCCACUGCAGCUUCAACUUGAGGUGCAACUGUUCUUGCUUCCGUGAGCACCAUAUGCCUUAUGUAGUUCAUGGACUCUCGAACAAGGUACAAAGCGAUAUGCAUCCUCCUCACUUGAGUGCAUGGCUAUCAACAUCAACAAACAUGGUGCUUAACGCAUGAUUCAAAAAUAACAAUCAAGUGUGGUUUUCUAAUAUGCGAACUAGAAUUGUCUUUACCCAAAUAUAAGAGGAGUCCCAGCUUGCGCCAUACAUCCACAUGCAGACCCAGACUCAACUCUCAGACCUACAUAAAAUGAAAGCAUUGCGUGAUAAGAACCAAGUUGAUAAGCCGUCGGUUAAUAUCACAAAAAAAUGGGCAUACUUACCGAUGAAGUUGUUCUUGAUCCUUUGAAGGAUUUGUGUACGAAAACUCCACAAUCCUUGGUGGCGACAAUCCCGAACCUUGUUCACGAUAGAGAAUCUUCCACAAGGCUUGCAUAAAUCUCAUCUGUAAAAAUUAAGAAACGUUUGUACUUAGAAAGAGGUAUUUAAAUUUUUUUGCGUUAUAACGACACAAUGUCACAAAUUUACCAUUGUUUGAACAGAUUGUAGUCGAAAGGAAUUGCGGUCUUCAUUUGGUUGUGGAUCCAAGAUAUGGACUUCUUCCUUGUCCAACUUAAUGACAGCCAAGUACCAAUGGGCAUUAUCUCUCAUCCGAACACACACCUACAUAUGCGGAAAUUGUCAACACGUAUUAAAAAAUAAACUGCAAACCGUGUAAUACGUAUUAAGACGAACAGUUUUUCCUUGUUCACCAUAUUGAUUCGACUAAGGAAUUUUGAUUCGUAUAGGUCUAAUGCCCUCUUGGGUGUUAUUCCAUAUGAAAUCACUAGUUCCUGCCCAUGUGGUAGUUGCACAAUUGAAAUUUUGUCAACACAAUAUCAUUCACGUUAAAAAGACAGGUGUUGUAUUUUUUUUUUUUUUGGUGAGAGGAAAUUAAUCUUAAGCAUAAUUGGACCACAACCUGUAGUUCAGCAGGCAGAUAGCACACUCCUUUUCCGUCCUUAGAAUUUGUCCACAACUCUUCUAGAGUCAAAUGGCAGGCCACCGCUGUUAUAACCUAAUAUAACAUGGACAAAAAACACUUCAUGAUACUAUCGAGUUGUUAUAAAAUAAUUCUACGUAGAAAGCAUUAAUAGUGGGCAAACAAUACAAAAUUUUGGAGUUCUGUUGAUUACUUCAGAAUCUACGAAUGAGCGAGGGCUUAAGGACCACAAUGAUUUCCCGGUACAAGAGUUGUUUGAGGUUUUGACCAAUACUUCGUCAGGUGGCAGAUUGGCUAAAAAUAUAUAAUGUGCAAGCUGGAUUUGCUCAUCAUCGUAUUCCAUAGCAGUAGGUAGCUUAAACUUCAAAACAACCUGGAAUAGGGGCCACAAAUAAACACGAGUCAAAAUGCAUUUGUUAUGUCUGACGGAAUAACGACAAAGAACACUUCAAUGGCAAACAUGACACCUUUAUUACCUUGUCAACAGAACUUAGAGAAAUACUUUUUCCAUUUGGCUUCUUUGGUGUUACCUAAGAGUCAGAUUCAUCGUCCGAAAUAAAAACGAUGACUGAAGCAGGAGUGGGUGGAGUGCUUACACCUUUGGGUAUCCUUGGUUUCUUUGUUGGAGUCACAAAUUCGGCGGUCUCCUUCAAUGACAGUGAAACUACGAUUAAUAAAUUAACUAGAAUGAAUUUCAAUGGUUAAA